AUGAGUCUCGCCCAGCUCCAAUCCGAACGCGACGAACAUGAGCGCAACCUUGCCGAAGUCGAGCAGAUGCUCGCCGAGGUACCCGAUCUGGACGAUGCCCUCGCCAUGAAAUCAGAGAUCGUUGGCCUUCUCGCAGAUGUCGACAACAGAAUCGCCGCCCUCAAACCAGAAACAACCUCGUCGAGCGAGAAGUGGAGCAAGGAGAAUCACCCGGCAUAUCGUAAGCAGGUGCCGACUGCGCCUCCUGCUGCUGAAGAGAAGAAAGCCCCCGUUUCGUUCAAGGUCAACGAUAACGUGCUGGCUAAGUAUGCAGGCGACAAGCAGUUCUACGAAGCUCGCAUCAUCUCCGUCACCGGCUCGUCGGCCGCCCCCAUCUAUACCGUCAACUUCAAGGGUUACACAGGCACAGAAACCCUCCGUCAAGAACAUCUGCGUGCUCUACCGGCCGCUUCCUCCUCGACUUCUCAGAAGCGCAAGGCUGAUGGCUCUCCUGCAGUCUCCAUUCCUACUACUCCUACAGUCAGCACUCCCAUUCCUGGUGUCAUCUCUGCAGAGGCCAACAUCAAUCCUGCCCUAGCAAGUGCCGCCAAGAAGGAUCAGAUCAAGCCGCUCGAUGGCGACCGAAAGCCUCCGAAGAAGGUCAAGACGUCCAAGGCACUCGAGAGCAGCAAGAAUAACUGGAAGUCCUGGCAAACAAAAGCCUCUUCCGGCAAAGCUGCAAAGGCUGUCCAGAAGGAGAGCAUGUUCCGCACUGGUGAAGCUCCUUCUGCUAGAGUCGGCUUCACGGGCUCCGGUCAAACUAUGCGUAAGGACGUCGAGCGCACUCGUCAUAACUACAGCCUUGAAUGA